AUGUUUUUGGGUCAGAUUUCGUGGCUAGAUAUUGCCGUCUUUCUCUUCUUUCUUGCACCUCAGUUGAUCAUCCAUGUUGGCCUUUUCCAGAUUGCCAAUUGUGCUCUACAGGCAUUACCAUUUUUAAUAAUCAAACUACCUCUUUCCUUCAUAAAGGAACGCGUUUUUACCCACCGGGAAAAGCAAUCGCCUUUCGUUCAACAGGCUUCAUUAUUUGAGGAUAUUGUCAUUCGUUGUGUCCGGUAUGCCUUUGCCUAUAUUCCAGCGAAUAUCGGCCGAAUUUUCUUUUCAAAAGCAGUUGCGUUGCCAUUCUUGAGGUUUCGUAUGCUUCGUCAUGGAUUCAUGAAAUCUCCUAUUCAUUGGCAUGAGGUCAAUCAGGACAAAAUGAAAGGGAUUUGGAUCAUUGCGGACAGAACCAAGAAAGCAGAUAUUGUGAUUUAUUAUGCCCAUGGUGGUGGAUUCGCAAUGGGAUCAAGUUAUUUCUACCUAGAAUUUCUUCUUGCUUGGCUGAGCUUACUCAAAGACUCGAGGAAAUUCCGGAAUCCUGCCAUCUUCGCAUUAGAAUACAGCUUAGUACCUGAUCAAUCUUAUCCAACCCAGCUCCACGAAACGUUCGCCGGAUACAAAUACGUCUUAUCCGUGACCGAUGACCCCUCCAAAAUUUGUGUUAGCGGUGAUUCAGCUGGAGCGACAUUAAUCCUCAGCUUGCUUCUCCACAUCGCUAGACCAAAUGACCUUAUCGACAAUUCGAAUUCAACCAUAGAGACAGUACACACCGAAUCCCCUGCCAUGGCAGUUUUGAUCUCUCCCUGGACUACCCUCGAUUCACCACAAGAUAAGAAUACCUCGAGCGACUAUCUAGAUACCAGUAACCUACAUCUUUACGCGCAUCAAUACGCUGGUCCACGAGCUUCUGUCUCGGAUCCCUUGGUCUCACCUGGGGUAUGUAAAGAUUUGGACUGGUGGAGAAUGGCUAGUCCGACCAGAGGAUUCUUCAUCACGUAUGGAUCCGAGGAAGUUUUUGCGCCUGAGACUCGUGAUCUCAUUGCGCUUCUCAAAAAGUCUGGAAAAGUGGAGAUUCGAGGACAGGAGCAGAUGGGUGGUAUACACGCUUGGCCUGUUGCAGCUCUGUUCUUGAGUAGCACAUCGGCGGCGAGGCGGAAGGGAUUGCGCAUGCUUCAUACUAUCGCUUAUGAAAAUAAGAAGCAUUCCGGAAAGAUUGAUAUCUCCUUCAACCCCAAGAUUGGGCAGACGGCUACACUCAUGCUCUAUGAUCAAGAAACUUUACUAAAUACUGCGAGGACUGUCAAAUGCAUGGACAAUCCCCUGGAAGUUUCAAGUUUACUAUUCACAACGAUGUCGAACACAACUACUGCACCUAUAUCGAUAUAUUCUAUAUUGAAACAAGCCCAUCCUCCAUAUUGUCGACAAAGCCACAAGCUACCAAGCUGCCAAGUGGCUCAAAAACAUCACAACAAAGCAGUUUGGGACACCUUAAAAUAUAGCUGGAUUGAUAUGUACGUAGGACCACCAGAUUACGUCAUUCACGAUGCGGGUACUCAGUUCAUUAACAAAGAAUUCAAGCAAUUCGUAGCUUCCAUGGCUAUCGGCACGAAGUCAGUUCCGACUGAAGCACAUUGGUCAAUCGGCCUUGUCGAACGCUGUCACAAACCCAUCCGCAGAGCUUAUGCAAUCAUAUCAGAGGACCUCACCAACGAAGGACUCUCCAAGGAGAUGAUGCUACAAUUGGCGGUAAAAGCUGUCAACAACACAGUUCGACCGGAUGGAGUCGUGCCCACCUUACUCGUAUAUAGUGCAUACCCAAGAAUGACAGAACACGACGCCCCAGUACCCAAUAUGGUACAACGCGCCGCAGCUCGUCAAGUCUCUGAUGCACUAAGCCAACGUAAUGGCCCGGUAACAACUCCUAUCCACGAUUUACCCCUCAAUUCCGAUGUCCUCGUCUACCGCAAGGCUAAUCCGACAGUAAAAGGUAAGCGGAUAGAACCACGGCGACUCAUUGUUAUCGAUGGAGAGGAUUGUGCUGUGGAGUUAGACAAUGGACCAUCCCAAUUCCGGAGCAACUCAGUCAAACCUUACUAUCAUGAGCCCCAUGUUGAACCAGAACCAGAACCAGACGUUGCAUCUCCAAUUCCAUUCAACGCUGGAACCACUCCACAAGUCAUCGCCCAUUGCCGUCUCGUCGUUGAACCCACUCGUAAACCUAGGGUUCCUCAGAGCUUGGCUGCGGAUCAUACUGUUGGUAUCAACGGGGACACCUUUCAGGUCUACGAUGCAUCUGCAGACGUUAUUACCGUACCCAAGGCUGAUAACCUUGGUGUCUUUGGGGGUUUUCAGCGCCGAGGCGGUACCCCCACCAGAGGAAGAAUCGAGACGACUUCUACGCUCCGCCAUUCGUCAGAAUAUGUUUGA